ACAUGAUGCUCUUCCAUUAGAUGACCCAACAAGGCAAGCAAACUAGGCUUCCGUACACACGUGCACACAUUGGUGAAAACCAAAGUAGCGCUCCAUUAACAUGCUGCGUCCUCCGCCGCCCUCGUCCGUUCUCACGGCCAGCGCCGCAGCAGCUCGGCCGCCGGCGUCGGUAGUGCAGCCACAGCGGCAGGCGGCCCACCGGCGGAGGGCGGAGACGCUGCGGCUGCGGCGCGUGUUCGAGAUGUUCGACCGCGACGGCGACGGCGUGAUCACGCCGGCCGAGCUGUCGGGCGCGCUGUGCCGGCUCGGCGCGCGCGGGGAGGCGCCGCCCGCGGCCGCCGCGCUCGACGCGGUCGUCGCGGCGUACAUUGCCCCGGGGAUGGCGGGGCUCCGCUUCGCCGAAUUCGAGGCGCUCCACGCCGAGCUUGCCGGCCUGGGUGGUCGUCAGGCGGUGGCGGCGGCGGAGGCGGAGGAGGAGAAGGAGGCGGACAUGAGGGAGGCGUUCGGGGUGUUCGACGAGGACGGCGACGGGUACAUCUCCGCGGCGGAGCUGCAGGCCGUGCUGUCGCGGAUGGGGCUCCCGGAGGCCGCGUGCAUGGCGCGGGUGCGCGACAUGAUCGCCGCCGCCGACCGGGACAGCGACGGCCGUGUCGACUACGAGGAAUUCAAGGCCAUGAUGGCCGCUGGUAAUUAAUUCGGACGUGUACGUAGCUAGCGAUUGGAUUUUCUCGUCUCAUAUCGAUCAAACACUCCUGUUCAAAUACAUCGUGCAAACUGUGGUUUCAAUCCUGUAUAGGCUCUCCUUGUAGUAGGAUGUAAAAAGAUAAUAGAAAAUCCAUUGUGUAUCUCGAGGUUUCACAUAUGAGAUCAUCGGAGGAGGUGGUUGGGAACCCCACCUCCCCUCCAUGCAAAUCGAAGUUUGUUUUAUUGUA